GGGACAAGCUGACGAAACCCAUCACACUUCAUCAGUGACCCUUUGGGCUAUGGAUGACUAUGUGUUCUUGAGAUUGGACUCUAACUGGGUUCCAGAUUGUGUUUGGACACAUGUAUUAUGAAGCUUUAAUUUGAAUUAGGAUUAAUUUAAUUUAAUUUAAUUUAAUUGAUUUGAAAUUAUCAAAUGUAUAAUUUUUUUUAAUCAUUUUAAGCUUGAGCUAGGUAACGGGAGAUGACCCAAUUAUUUUUCAUCAGUAUUUGAGUGAUAAUUUAUUUGGUUAAACUGUUGAAUUAAGUUAAUGAAUGCUGGAAAUUUAAGUGAUUGUGAGAAAGUUGAAUUCAAACAUUACAAUAAAGUGGGAAGUUACAUCAAAUUAAAAGAUUUAAUUCAUUGCAUAAGAUGCUGCUCUAGGUUUUCCAGCUGCUUUCCCACUUCAAUUGUUUGCUCGACUCCCUCUAUAAAUGAAUGUCAUACCCACUAAGCCUCUCUACCCUGUCCCAUCUCUGUGAGCUACUCAUACAGUUCACACAUUCCCUCGCUCUCUCUCUCUCUUUGUGUGGAAAUGGCUGUGGGGAUCUCAGUUCUGUUGCUUCUCUGCUCGCUCUUCGCUGGCUCUGCUCUAGCAGCUACUGUGUUUGAAGGACUCCUUCCAAAUGGCAACUUUGAAAUCCCUCCAAAGCGAACCAACCUCAAGAAAACAGUAAUCAUAGGAAAAAACUCACUGCCCAAAUGGGAAAUCAAGGGCCUCGUCGAGUACAUCAAGGGCGGGCCUCAGCCCGGGGGCAUGUACUUCGCGGUAGCUCAUGGAGUCCACGCCGUGAGGCUGGGGAAUGAGGCAUCAAUCUCUCAGACCAUACCGGUUAAGCCGGGCUCUCUCUAUGCCCUCACAUUUGGGGCCACAAGGACCUGUGCUCAAGAUGAGGUUUUGAGGGUCUCUGUCUUUCCCCAAACAGGGGACCUUCCCCUGCAGACUCUGUACAGCAGCAAUGGAGGUGAUGUUUAUGCCUGGGGAUUCAGACCCACUUCCAAUUUUGCCAAGGUGAGCUUCCACAAUCCUGGGAUUCAAGAGAAUCCAGCUUGUGGACCUCUGCUGGAUAUAGUUGCCAUCAAAGAGCUCUUUCCUCCGCGGAUUACGAAAGAUAAUCUUGUGAAGAACAGUGGCUUUGAAGAAGGCCCCCAUCAAAUUGUAAACUCUUCAAAUGGUGUCCUCCUCCCUCCUAGACAGGAAGAUAUCACGUCUCCUCUCCCUGCCUGGAUCAUUGAAUCCCUUAAAGCUGUUAAGUUCAUUGAUUCCAAGCACUUCAACAUCCCCUUCGGUCGCGCUGCAGUCGAACUUGUUGCAGGGAAAGAAAGUGCAAUUGCUCAAAUUAUCAGGACUAUACCAAACAAACUUUACAACCUGACAUUCACCGUGGGAGAUGCGAAAAAUGGUUGCCAUGCAUCAAUGAUGGUUGAAGCAUUUGCAGCCAAAGACACGAUGAAAGUUCCAUUUAAGUCCAGUGGAAAGGGCGAGUUCAGGGCUGUUGGUUUCAAGUUCAAGGCAAUUUCAGCCAGGACAAGAAUCACAUUCUACAGCUCUUUCUACCACACAAGGGUUGAUGACCUCGGGUCUCUCUGCGGACCGGUACUUGAUCAUGUUAUAGUUCUGCCUGCCCAUUAGAUGUUUAGUUCUAUAAUAUCUAAAACCAAGUUGGGAUCACAAGUUAGGGAAUACAGGAUUUUGCAGCGGCUGUUUGAUCGAACUCUGUAAAAUUUGAACUUUUGUGGUGAGGUACAAUGUUGUUCUUGUUGUGUAAUUGUCUGAAGUACUUGAAGUGGCUUUGUCUUCUUGUUUCCUUGGUGAAGGGAGGCUGGAUGAGCCCUGUAGUAGUUACUGUGAUGUGAAGUGUGUUAUGGGUAGUUUUGUACUGCAUUUCUGCAUAAAGUUUUGCAAAGUUUAUGAUUCAUUUAGGCUUCAAA